GGCGCCCUCUCACAAGCGGCAGCCCUGCACCGGGGAACAAGGCUCUAUUGUGGUCACCACCUCCUGACUCGAAGGCACAUCUGGUUGCCGGGCUGAGUGCCCGGGGCGGUAGCGUCCUGUCCCAUCUCCGUCCGCUCGCCCCAUCCCGGGAGACGCCCAUAAACGGCGGCUGGAGAGAUCUUGCCGACUGCUCUUGCUGCGCCCACUUGCUUCGGGGCUGGUUGCCUGAGGUUCACGAAUAAUACUUCAAAAUGUUUGCAAAGGCAGCGAGUAGCUUUGUAAAGCAGAUCGAAAGCAGCGGCGACCUGAUUCCGGUCAGCAGCCUGAAUGAUUCCGAUAAGCUGCAGCUCUUGAGCUUGGUAACCAAGAAGAAGACAGGGUGGUUCUGGCAGAAGCCCAAAUAUUACCCCUCUUCAUUUACCCUUCAAGAAAUACUGACUGACGAUACACCCAUCAAACCUGUUGUCACAGAAUCCGCUUUUCUCAAGUAUGAAGGAAAAUUUGAAGAAAAGGUGGAGGCGAGCACAGACACAAAAUUUGCCAACUUAAGCUUCGAUCUAGAAGGUCAGGAUGCUGUGGAGCUAAAAUCUUCGUUUGGGGACUUGCAGAAAGAAGAAAUAGAUUUGCAGCAGCUCUUGAAAAUAGUUGAGAAAAGCACUAUACAGUUGAGCCACCCCUUUGUCCAACAAGUUUGUGAGAAAAGAAACAAAGUAUUGUGCAUAGUAAGUGAAAAGGUGAUCACGUUGCAGAAGUGCUCUAUUUCCGAACACACUCAGAUCGAAGAAAAGUGUGGUGGUGCGAUGGGACUCAAGACCAAAAUAUUAAAGGUUUCAGUAGAUGACGAUGGUGUUGUAACGAAGGACGCCGGUGUUGCGUUGGAGAUCCCAGCUCGCACUGUGAUUGCCUACACCGUUACAGAGCUUCUCGUAAACCACAACGGGCACUUUGAGUUGUGCCUGCUCGCAGAUAAGCAUGGAGGAUUUGAUAAGGCCCUUCUGGAUAGAAAUACAGGAGGUGGUGCAAACCCUUUAAGCUGCGUUGAUGGAGCCCAGAAAAGCAAGCAGUCUGCACUCAACAUGGACGUCCCCGGUGAAACUUCACUAAUCAUUUUAAAACCAGCAAUUGAAGAGGCAAAUCAACAGUUCCAGCCAUUCCUUGAACUUAACGAGGAAAACAGACAACAGCUGUUUAGACUUUGUUGUGAAUUCUUGUAUCACGAAGAGGUGAUUUAUUUUCUUGAAAACACUCUUGAUGAGCUUUCUUCAGCAGAACAACCAACUCUGUCAGGCCUACAGGAUCUGGAUUCAGCGCAAGCAGAAAAGGUCAAGGAACUACUCCAAAUUUUAGGCUACAGCUGCUCAAAUGGGGAGGGUUGUUCGACAAAAGACAUCAAGGCUCCAGAACUUUUAGCAGCUGGGUUCCACCUUUUUACUGCUCUAACUGGAAUGUCUGAAGAAAGUCUUGCAGUCUUGGGUAUUUGUUGUGAAACUCAUAUUCUUCCAAGUUUGCAUUAUUUGAUUAAUAAUGUCUCUGAUGAUGGGAUGAUCCCUGUUGAUAAUCCAGACCUCCUGCCCUUGAAAGAAGAGGAGAACUUCUGCAUAGCUCACCGGCUGUUCACGUUAUCAAAUGUUUGCCUUGAAGUGGAAGAGUCGGCAAUGAAAGUUAUAACAGAUGUGGAGCCUGCUGUGGCUCCUGUGCUUCUCUGCAUAGUUCUGCAAGGAUUUGCCAUCCUAAAUGGGAUUAGCAAUCCAACUAUGCAGACUUGAAGGACAUUUAAAAAGAGCCCCAUCACACUUAAAUUAGGAACAUUCAAUAUAUUUGAGGUAUUCUGAAGCUAACUGGGAUAUGAUUAAUGGGGUAAAUGAAAAGAUCAUAGUGGUCCUGAUUAUAACUGAGAUGUAAUUUAUAUAAGAUUCAUAACAUUUUCCAUCCUGCAGACAAUUAUGGAAGAGAAAUGUUUUGUCUCAAGAGAAACAACUGAGAAUUGUGAAUGUGUGUUGUGGAACAGUCCAUAAGGAUUGAUUGAAAUUUCUCUAUAGACAAUGUCAUUGUUAAUUUUAUACAAGAAAAGUUGGAGUAACAUAAGCAGAACAAAUAUCAUGAAUAGAAAGCCAUUGUUUUUGACCUGGAUUAUGAAAUGAGUUUAUAAUAGUGUAGUAUUAAAUUCCAUUUGUGCUUUGCUCUAAGUUCAAAAAUCUGGAGCAUUUGUCUAUCUCACACAUUUCCAAGAAAUCUUAGCUUGAACUAAUAUGAUCUUUAGUUGGAAAUACGAAUGGUUAAUUAUAUGAAUAUAAAACAAAUCUUAAUUAUAUUUUUGACUAAUUUUUAAAUGAAAUGUGAUUCUUCGAACUGUGGAUGUCUUCUGAAUAGCAAUUUAGAACACCUUAGAGACACUCAGCAUUUCAUAGUUCAGAAAAUAAUAAAACAUUCGGUACAAUUUACAAUUAAUGGAUUCAGUUUUAAUCAGAAAUAUUGCUAUAAAUAUCCUUUAUGCUCUAAAAUCAAUUACAGAUAAUUUGGUUAAAACACUAACUUUGAAAUGUCACAUGAGCAAUAGUUACUAUACUUUGUGUAGUUUUAAACCGUAUAGUAGUUUAGUAAUUAUGACAAUGAAAGUGAUAGUUUCAGAAGACAUUUUCGAUGUUUAAUGUUUGUGGAAGUCCAAUUUUUAGCACAGAGGCUGAAAACUAACUUUCUUUAAAACAAUUAAUACCUGAUUUUAAGCCAGCUAGUAUUGUUGAUUCUAUACUAACACUUUGGCUUAUCUGUAAUAUUUAUGUUUGCAGAUAAAUACAAUUUUUUCAUUUGCUUAUUAGAUUUGGCACCCAAGGUACCUGUUAUUUAAUAUCUCCAUUAAAUAAACAGUUUUAUUGGCUUGUUUAAUCAAUUGUGACAAAAUCUCUCUUUCUGUCAGAUCUUGCCAGAAUUACCAACUGAAUGUGGGCUGACAGAUUCCAGGUUUGCAGAGAAGUGUUUGGUGAGUUCCUGAGCCCCUGCAACCAAUUUGGAAAGGUGUGAUGAACCUUUGUGGACUUGGCGAGUUCAACAAAGUUGCAGGAGGCGUUUUUGGUGUGCUGUGUCCAGUCAGGAUCCAGUCUAUAUUUGUAACAGCAAGAUAAACAGCUUUCGAGGAUCCAUGAGGGAGAAGGAACACUCCAAAAGUUGCUGCUGGGUAUUUUAUUAGAGUAUCAUAAGUGAUAAGAAAAACUUAUGAGGAUAUACAAAGCUUUAAGUCUAAAACAAUGUGUAAAAUCAUUGAUAAAAGAACCAAGUCCCACUCCUUACUGCUAAGUGAUGCAAAGGAUUAACUAUCUAAGUCUAAAACAGAGUAAUUAAUACAGUAGCAAGUCUCAGGGCCUUCUGCUCAUUGUCGAUUCCAAUUUACGAUGAAGAGCCUGGAGACUCCUUGAGGUGCUUAAGACCAAUUGUGAAUCCGGUCUGAGGACAGAAGUUCCUUGGACUUGCUCACUGCUCACAAUUAUAUACAUAAUCAGGAAAGCCCAUGCUUCUUGUCUGAUCUGUGCAUAGCAGUCAGGUACAAUUCUAAAACUAGUUAUUUCGUAAAGGCAUUUUUAUUGGGAGGAGUUUACACUAUCAACUUAACUAUCCUCACUUGGUUCUGAAACAAAAAACUUAUUAGUCAUGAUUACUAUGCAAAUGAAAUGGUUUUGUUAAUUUCUAAGAAUCAAGUUACCAUAUUCCCUAAUGCCUUACAUCUGCAUGCUUCAAGGUCUCAGGAUCACUGAGAGUCAAAACCUUAAGUCUUUCUAAUUAACACACUUGUUUGUUGUGAGUACUUUGAACAGACAACUCCUAUUACAAUUUUUUUCAAAUAUAAUAAAACACAGAGGUAGUAGCCCUGGCCUUCUUACCAGAACCCAACUGCAUCUGACUUCAUACGGAAUUUGGCUAAGUCCGAUAUCAAAACCAUUAUCAAAUCUUCUAUUUUGAUUGACUAACUGAGUUGGGUUUUAAUUUUAUAACUGAACAGGCUUCCAAGAAACAUGCUCAGCUUUGGAUAUAUGAAGCAAUACACAAUUUUCUUGAUGUAUUCAAUGUCAUUAGUUUUCCCAACCAGAACCAUUUUGGUUUAAACUAGUCACAUAGCAGAGAACAGCUAAACUAAAGUAUGUCACUGACAUCAUUACGUUCAAAUAUCUAAAGCGAACUUUAAUUUUGCAUUGAUAUAAACAGGUUGAAAUUCUCUAGCCUGCCUACCUUUGGAACUGUAAUUAGUUUAUUAUUGUCAGAUGUACUGAGAUACAACAGAAACACUUGUCUUGCAUAUUAUUCAUACAGUUAAUUCAUAAUAUUGGUGUAGAACAAGGUACAACAAUAACAAUAAAUUGUAACAUCUUCAGAGAAAGUGCAGGUAAACAAUAAAUUGUAAGAUCAUAAUAUAGAAACAUAGAAAAUAGGUGCAGGAGUAGGCCAU